AUCAAUAGCGAACACGAGAGUGAGCUAAUGACUCAACACUGGGGUUAGGAUAAUGCAAUGAAAACCAGUGCUGGGCCAUUUGCUCAAAAGAAGCAUUAGCAAAAUCAAAUCUCUCGAAAGAACGACGAUGCCCACGAGGGGGAAAACGUGGCAUGUCAUUCCUAUAUGACGCAGGGGCACUAUUACGUGAGCGAAAACCAGAAAAGCGAACAACUGGCGCUCGUCUAGAGUCACUACGAUCAUAGGCACCAUGUGCAGGGUACCGAUCACGUCGUUCAGCACGCUUCCUACGGAAGCAAAACUCCGCCAAAUGACCAUCACGAUCACAAAAAUCGCAAUGGUAAAUAUUUUGAGUAGGAGCAACGACAACCUUAGCCUUAGAAGUGGAACCAGAAAAAUCAGGCUUAAGGUUAUCCAAAUGUUCACAAGUUGGUGGCCAUGUGUUAUUCAGGCUUUUAAAGUGUUUGGGUUUAACCCUCCAAACCUGCUUUUUAGGAACAGACUUGGGAGGUUCUACCACAAAACCUUCAGGUGAGACCGGUGGACUCUUCUCACUGGGAGUAGGCCCAUUGUUCUCACCAUCUGCAUUCUUUUUACCAAAAGUACGCUUCAAAUCAUAACCAACACCAAAAUGUUCACCCCUUUUAAUUUGUGCAAUAGUCAUACCAAUCUGGGGCUCACGCACAGAACACCAACCAAGGAUUGUUCUCAAAUGAGUGUUUUCUUCUUCUAAAGCAGCAUUGUCCUUCUUUAAGAUGGAAAUUUCAGCAACAAAAGUAGGACAAGUCAAACACUCAGGUAAAACAGGACAAGUGUGUUUCUCCAACUGAACAAUAUGGCAUUUAGCAACAUUCAACUCAGUUUGCAAAAUUGGACAAGUAGCACAAGCACCAAGUAAAACAGAACGAGAGCGAAGUUCUUCCAAUUCAAUCUUAGCACAAUCAAAUUUAUCAACUAAAACAGCAUGCUUAGAUUGCAAUUCAGAAAUAGAAACCAUAUGAAUAGAACAUUCCUCACAUUCUACAGCAGCAGGUGUAGCAUCUUUUAGUGUUUUUAAUUCAGCAGAUAUUCUAUCAUGAUCAGCCUUAAGUCUUGCUAGAAUUUUAUUUUGUUUAUCAACAAGUUUAGUCAACUCUUCAAUUUCUUCUUCAGCAGAAUUUUGUACCUCAUUAUCAGAAGAGUCGUUGCUGCAGUCAUAUGCAUCACCCUCAUUUAAAGCCAUAGUGCACAUGCCUCCCUUGAUGUCAGCAAGAAAACAGAGUCCUCCAUCAUUGGUCUUUUUGGGCUUCUCAUCUUCGGACUCUGAAUCACUAGAGUUGUAGGAGGCAUCUGAAUCAAAGCUACCCAGCGAAGAAAAGAGAACAUGUGCAGCCUUCUUGAUUUGCUUGUCAGUAAACUUCUGUUGUCCCUUCUUUCUCCCACGCCUAUCACUCUUGUUCUUCCUGUCCCUUGAUUGUUCCUGGCGCCUGUAGCUGUUGCCAUGCUCCGGUGCCUUCACCUUGCUUGGACAAUCAGCAAUGAAGUGUCCACGCUCACCACAGUUGAAGCAUCCUUCUGAACGCCUUCUAUUUCGCCUGUUUUCAUAUACCCGCUUGAACUUGUUGGUGAGCAAAACAAGCUGAUCAUCAUCAAAUACCUCCAACUCAUCAUCUGCAAUAUGACACAAGGAGGACAAAGCAAAACUAGGAGUAGAUAAAAGAUUAGCAUUAGUGUUAGUACUCCCAGAAACCAAAGCCAUUGGAAUAUUUGAAGAAGAACCAGCUGUGGGAUUGUUAAGCUUUUUUCGAAAUUGGAUGUCGAUCUCUUUGGAUUUAAGCUUACUGAAAAGCUCAUCAGUUGUAAGAGUCUCAUAAUUAGUAGACUCAACAAUCGCUUCCACUUUUGUACCCCAAACAUCCAAGUCGAGUGCAUGCAACAAUUUGAGAGCCCUUGCAUGAUCAUCAUACGGCAUAACCAUUAUGUUGGCUUUCAUUUUGUUGACAAGACUCAAAAAUCGAGCGAAAAGAUUUUCGAUAGACUCACCAGGCGAUUGCAUAAAAUUAUCAUAUUCGCGCCUGUAAGUUUCAAAUAACCGGAUCUUCACUGCGUUGGUGCCCUCAUGAAAAUUUUGUAGAGUAGACCAAAUCUCAUGAGCAACUUGUUUGUCAGAAACACGAUCAAAUUCAGAUUUGCUCAAAGCAGCAAAGAGAAAAUCUACAGCUUUGUUAUUGUUUUCAUAUUUUGUAGCGUGAGCUGCAUUUGAGGGAUCAGCUGGAAUCACAUAAGUCGUAUCAAUUGUAAUAUUCCAAAUCGCAAUCCCUUUCCCCUUGAGAAAGGCACUCAUGCGAGCCUUCCAGUACGGGUAAUCGGUUCCAUCAAAAGCAGGUGGAUGUGAAGACGAAGUCAUGAUCGCCACAAGUGGAUUUCACAACAGAUUAGGUAUGAGAAAACCUUAACCGGCUCUGGUACCAAUUGUAGGACCGGAAAAUGCGACCAGAGGGGGGGUGAAUGGGAGCAACUCAAAAUAAUUUCGCACGGAAGCAAACAGAUCAAACUCCCAAAUUUCAAGAACUUUAGCAAAUUAGAUCCAAACGCGAGGAAACUCGAAACAUAGGUUCACAAGAUCACUAGAAAUCUAUUCUCAAAAUAUUAUGCAAGGAAAUUAAGUAUAAAAUGCGGAUCAAGAAAACCUAGAUUGAAACCGACGAUAAACCUGACGAAGAACAAAUAAGCACGAUGCAAUGAAACGAAGAACAAUACUUAAUGAUAAAGUAUUAAACCAAGUACUUGUUCUUACAAAAUUGCAUCUAGCCUCCGCCCGAUCGUCCUCCCUCUCUUGAUUAGAGAGAUCAACAAAAAUCCCUCACUAGGAAUUAAACCCUAGGCUAGACUGGAGAGAGGAGUGCACGCAAGAAGAGCUUCAGGGAGGCGGCUACUGUUCACGGCGGCUACUGUUCACGCGAGACUGUAGCGCGGCACUGUUCACGGCGGCUACUGUAGCAGCGCCCCCCAAAACCCUAAAAACGUAUAUCCCUCAAUCCUAGGUGCCGCAUAUUUAUAACCCAUAGGGUGGCACUACCUAAAUUACAAAUUUGCCAUUACGUAAAUCAAAUUAACGUAAUCGGCGCGUAUCACGCAAUAUCAUCCUCCACGGCAAACAAUCUCGAUGUCCGCGAUCCUUCCAUCUAGCACCAUGGCGUCCCGUGAUCUCGCCGCACGAUGAUCCGGAAUCUUCUCGCGAUCGACAAUUGUCCCCAUCUUCGGCCACGUCCGCCGCAACGAACGUCCGGGAUCUUGGUUUUGUGGCUUAACCAAGAAACCGUCCACCAACGUUCUCUCGCUGUGUCGUCAGGUACAGUAGACAUACACCGCACGAUCUCAAAUCCCUCGAACGCAAGUCUUGAUCCACCCUUCACCGCUCUCAGUCCAUCGGCGUGGCAUCAUAUCUUCAUUCUUCACACGUCGCCGCAUGUUCAGUCUCCACCUAUCACCUGCAACGACACCAACCAAGAGAAACGUCACACGCACACUGUGUUGUUCAAUCACUCAUCACAAGGUCCUAGCCCCACGGGCAUCUCACUUUGAUACAAGCCACACAAUUGUAAAUGCAAGAAACAGAGAUGCCUGCAAGCAAGCGUGCCUGAAAAACUGUUCCUGCAAGGCCGUGAUGUUCAGGUACGGCGAUAAUGAGUCCGAUGGCAACUGCCAGUGGGUGACGAAGGUCUUCUCCAUGCAAUCAAUACAACCUCAGAUUGUUCAUUACAACUCCUCUGCUUACAUCAAGGUGCAGCUUAGCCCCUCCCCUUCUGCAUCUAUUGCAAAUAGAAAGAAGGUUAUUACAGGCGCUACAAUUGCAAGUAUUAUUGCUAUCGUAUUGAUUGUCGUUGCCAUAACUCUUUAUGUACGAAGAAGGGGGAAAUAUCAAGAGAUAGAAGAAGAAUUUGAUUUUGAUCAAUUUCCAGGCAUGCCAAUGAGGUUUUCUUAUGAAAAGUUGAGAGAAUGCACUGAAGACUUCAGUAAAAAGCUCGGGGAAGGUGGCUUUGGAUCAGUUUUUGAAGGGAAACUAGAUGAGGAGAGGGUCGCAGUAAAGCGUUUGGAAAGCGCUAGACAAGGGAAGAAAGAAUUCUUGGCAGAGGUUGAGACUAUUGGUAGCAUUGAGCACAUUAAUCUUGUCAGACUCGUAGGAUUCUGUGCAGAGAAAUCACAUAGACUUCUAGUAUAUGAAUAUCUGCCCAGAGGUUCCCUUGAUCGGUGGAUCUAUUACCGCCACAAUAAUGCACCUCUUGAUUGGGGUACCAGAUGUAGGAUCAUUCUGGAUAUUGCCAAGGGGCUAUGCUAUCUUCAUGAGGAGUGCCGGCAAAAAAUUGCUCAUUUGGACAUCAAACCCCAAAAUAUUCUCUUAGAUGAGAACUUCAGUGCUAAAUUGGCUGAUUUUGGACUAUCCAAGCUAAUAGAUAGGGAUCAAAGCAAAGUAAUGACUGUGAUGAGAGGCACACCUGGGUAUCUGGCACCUGAAUGGUUAACAUCACAAAUCACUGAGAAAGUUGAUAUCUACAGUUUUGGAGUUGUUGUCAUGGAAGUGGUAUGUGGAAGAAAAAAUAUCGAUCAUUCUCAACCUGAGGAAAGCAUCCAGCUGAUCAAUUUGUUACGAGAAAAGGCUCAAAACAACCAGCUGAUUGAUAUGAUUGACAAGAAAAGUGAUGGCAUGGUCGUACACCAGGAGGAAGUUAUCCAAAUGAUGAAGCUUGCAAUGUGGUGCUUGCAAAAUGAUAGCAGUCGAAGGCCUUUGAUGUCAACGGUGGUCAAGGUACUGGAAGGUACAAUGACUGUAGAAGCUUGCAUAGAUUACAGUUUCCUCAGUGCAGAUCCAGUAUUGUCAACUGAAGGUAAUCAAUCAACAUAUUCAGCUCCACCACCAGCAUCAGUCUUAUCUGGUCCAAGAUGAUAUGUUCUGUAAUUGCUUUUGCACCUUAUUUGGUUCUAAUUUGAAUGUACAUUUUAGAUGGCAUGAAAAGAAAAACUUUCAAUAAAGUCUACAUCUGGAAAACAAAGGCAGUGCA